ACUGGGUUUCGUACCCACUGGGCUUUCCGUAGUUGUUUUGAAGGCGGUGUUGGUCCAAAAAGAAGGCUGUUUGUAGUCAAGGACGCCUCGCACAUACAGCAGCAGUUGACUUAGCUAGCCGGAUAGCUUGCUAACAUCUUGUUCCGUGGAUGGAUAGCCUAGCUCCUGGAACUCGAGAAUAACACAAUGGCACAACAAAACUUCCCGAACGUGACUCUUUCGAUGACUCUGCCGAUAUCGUGCCAUGUCUGCCUUGGAAAGGUCCGCCAGCCUGUUGUAUGUGCCAACCACCACGUGUUUUGUUCAACAUGCAUCGAAAUGUGGCUGAAGACAGCCAGCCAGUGUCCUGCAUGCAGGGUCCCCAUUACACAAGACAACCCCUGUCGAGAGAUCAUAGGGGGCACCAACGACAGCGAGCCUUGUGAGACCCACUCGAUCAGGAGAAAACUCAGGAAGACCCGGGCCGAGCUUCUGUUGAAAGAGUAUGAGGAUGAAAUCGAAGGACUCCUCAAAGAAAACGAAGACCUGACAUCCCAAAACCAGAGCUUGGAGUCUCAGUUGAGGACCGUGCUGGAGCCUAGCCCCAUAGCGUUGUCUCAGAAACAGGACAGGAACAUAGACCUCAACGUUCUGGAGGAGUGGGCCAAUAAGCUGCGAGCAGCUACGGACCGCUACUGUGAAGUCAAACAGGAAAUGGAGAGACUGAAAGAGGCUAACAAGACUUUACGGUCCCAGAAUAUCGACCUGGUUCAGGAGAACAUGCGGCUGAAAUCCGAGGUGGCGAGCAGAUCUCCUCAGAAGUUUGGCCGCUACACCGUGGCAGCGCUGGAGGCGAAGAUCCACCAACACGAGCGCGACUUAGACCACCUGAGGAGGGCGCUGGAGCGCAGUGACCAGUAUAUCGAAGACCUGGAGGCCCAGGCGGCCGGCACCAAGAACAGGGGACCCUCGGACCAAAGAGAGGCACCCGCUCCUGGUCCCGAGACCCAGUUGGAAAGCCAGGAGAAUGGGGAGGUUGGGGUGGGGGCGGGGGCCUGCGUGGGUAAACAGAGGAUCUCAGCCAUGAGAAGGAGUUUGAGUGACAUGGAGACGACCUCCAUCUGCACCAACCUGGAAGGAGUGUCUCAGACCAUCCCGGGUGGCGGCAGAGGCAGCUUGCUCUUGACCACGACUUCGGGCCUGGCCGUCCCUGACCAGAGCGUGUUUGGGGGAAUGCUGAGCAGGCUGGGUGGCAAGGACACCAAAAGCCCAACCUCUGACCCCUUCCUGCCUUCCACUCCUGCCUCGGCGUUCCGGUCCCUGAGCCUGAAGAGCCCGCAGGUCCGAGAGGACAAGCCGGGAAGCAAGCCUCCCUCGUACCUGCGGAGGCUGAGUUUCGAAGACUGCUCUGGGGAGAACAAGCGUUCCAGCUUCAGUAAGCUGCACCGUAGCAGCUUGUCUCCUGCCUGCUCCCUUGAGGCAGGGUCGUCUGGGUCUAAACCUGCGCCCUGGGCCGCCUGGCAGAGAUCCGAUUCCACCCACCUGACUGGGACCAGCGAACCAGAGCAGCAGCACCGCAGCCCUCAGCGAGGUGAGACCGACGCCAGAGGAUCCUCCAGCGAGGCGUCCAUGGACGCCGCGUACCUGGAUAAGAUCUCCGAGCUGGACUCCAUGAUGCUGGAGGGCGAGAGCACCAGUAGCCGUGGCUCCCAGCUGUCCCUGGUUUCCCUCAAGUCCGCGGACUCGUCUGACUUCAACGCCACCCUCGUACCGGAGCCGAGGGCAAAUGACGACGAGCCGCCGGCUUUGGGCCGUGACCCGGUGGCGGAGAGGCGUCUGAGCUCGCCGAAGGACCGGCCUGGGGAGAACGGUAGUGUGACCAGCAGGGAUGUGAAGCCCACCUCAUCCCCGUACGUGGCCCCAGCCGCCUCCACCCUAACGGGGGCUGGAGAUUCACCCGGGGCUGGGGAUGACGGUCCAGGACUGGGCCUCACAGCGGACACAAGCCAGCCCUCCCAAACCGACGAACUGUCCUUCGACCUGCUGUUUGAUCCCCCGUCGACUAAGAACAAGGAGGGUGGCUUCGCUGUCUCGCCCACCUCCUCAGACACCCACCUCCAUGACAGCCCCUCUCCCGCUUCCUCCUCUUCCUCUGGUUGCCAUGGGAGACCUGGGAACACAACAAGAGACAGGCAUGCGGUCAGUAAUGGUCACCCCACCAAGCGCACCCACAGCCCCUUCAGCCUCACCAGCCCUUCCAAACUGUCCAAGUACAUGUGAUGGAUCAACUCUUCAAGUCCACAUGGAAGUGGGUCAGGGUGAAUCUUUACAACUCGCUGUACAGUUAAACCUUCGUCUGUGCAGUCUUAUGAGAACGCUGUGGAGUGUCAUGGUGUUUUUUCUCCUGUCUGAGGAAGGUUGAGCUGUACUAAUCCAGACGGGCAGUUUAGUAUUUUGGUCCCAUUACAUUCUCUUGUAUCUGAAUAUAGGACUGUACAAUACCACUGAAUCUGCUUGUCCACGUUGUUGCCCUCAUGAUAUGUAAUGUGAUGUUAACAUCUACCUCAUGGCAAAUAUAUGAAACUGUAAUGCUUUCUCUGUCAAAGGUAUCAUGCAAGGAAGGUUUAAAUUGCAUUUAGUUCACUUUUGUACUGGGGAUGCAGUGUGGAUUACAGCAUUACGUUUGUGAUGAGAUUAUAUGUUGACGACAUUAAAACUGGCAGGCCAAGAAACCAUGUUUUGUGAGUUCAUUUCAUUUGAGCUAUAAGAUUAAUAAUCAAGGCCUAUUUGAGUCAUUCUGCACUUGUUAUAUGGGCAAGGAUGGUGUACUUUCACAAUGGAAAGAUUACAAUAAAUCUGAAAAUUAGAUAAAGAAUGCAUGUUGGCACCUUGCUACCCUUCAUACCUCACGCAUCCGAGGCAAUCCCGUGUUGCACGACGU